GGGCCGCGGCGGCUGGGCUGGGCUGGGCCGGGCAGGGCGGCGGGGGGUAAGAGCCCUCGCUAUGCUGCCCAGCGCCCUGUACUGGGACCUGGUGGGCUCCUCGGCUCUCCUCAACCUGCCGGCGGCGCCGGGCUUCGGCAACCUGGGCAAAAGUUUCCUCAUCGAGAACUUGCUGCGGGCCGGGGCGCCUCCGAGCCCUGCCCAGCUCCGUCCCCUCCCCGCCAGCCCCGUCCCCCUCAAGCUGUGCCCCGCGGCGGAACAAAUCAGCCCCUCAGGGGGUCCCUACCCGACAAGAUGGGCUUUUCAAGUGCUUAACCCCUCCGUGGCGGACGGCGGCCGUCUGCCAGCGAGGGCUCCGGCGGCGGAGAGAGGCGGCGUCUUCCCGCCGGCAGCCACAGCUCUUUCCAAACACUUUUUUCUCCGAGCCCCGCCAUUCUACUCAGCAUGCUGUGGUGGGUCCUGUCAGCACCCUGCAUCCCCCACUGCUUUUCCAAGAGAGGAAAGUGUGCUGCCUCUUCUGACCCAGGAGUCUAACUCCAAAUCCCGAAGAGGUAUAUUAAGAAGAGCUGUCUUUUCUGAAGACCAGAGGAAAUCUUUGGAGAAAAUGUUUCAGAAGCAGAAGUAUAUUAGUAAAACAGACAGGAAGAAACUGGCCAUUAACCUGGGUCUAAAGGAGUCUCAGGUGAAAAUUUGGUUUCAGAAUCGAAGGAUGAAAUGGCGAAACUCCAAAGAAAAAGAAGUGCUUUCAAACAGGUGCCUCCAAGAAGAAGGUCUUCAGGAGAACUACCUCUCACGAUCCACCAUGAGUUUUACCUCCCCAUGCCCAUCUGUGUGGGAAGUGACCCAGGAGCAAGCAAGUCCAAGGUGGAGGGAGACUUCUCCAGGAAAUUCUGAAAGACUGAUGAGUACACAACCACCUCCAAGAGCAAAUUCAUCGCAGAGCCCACUGUAUUUGUACCCUGACCAAGACACUGCAAAUAAGGCAGUUACAUCAUCAGCCUAAGGAAGCAGGGGCAGUUUGUAAAUUGAGUGGAGAGCACAGGCUUCAAAUGAGCAGUCUUCUAAGACUAACAAUAUUUGGACAUUGUAACUAGUUUAUGCUCAUAAAUUUGCUAAAGUCUAACACCAUUAAAAUUACAAACAAC